AUGGAGAACGUGUUGGCUAUGGACGAUUCUCCUUCGCUCACCCCGAUUCCCUCUCCUCCAAGCCCCCCUUUCGAAUCAAAUUGUGCCUCGCCUUUCUCCUUUCCCCUCUUUUUGAGUUAUGCAGCUGAUGUAUUACGCACAAUCCCUCUCGACACUGUGAUGAAUGGAAAUGCUGUUCCGCGCGAGUGUUUGAAUGAAGGGAAGGUGGUUUGUUUGCGUUUUUUGGAGUCUGUGUCGACGAUUUACAAGGGAGAAGCGACGGCUCAGUCGUGGAUGCCUGACCAGUUGUUUACGCGCUGUCCGAAUUGUCUUCAGCAAUUCACGGCUGUGCGACGAAGGCAUCAUUGUAGAUGGUGUGGAAGGGUUUUUUGCGAUGAUUGCUGCCACCACAAAGUCACAAUAAGCAAGAAUGGGAAGAGUCAGCGUGUUUGUGACCUUUGUUUCUAUAUUCGGACGCAUUUGUCGAAAACUCUAUCACUUUCAAUUGUUUGA